AGGAGCGGCACGCGGAUGCCCGGGCGCGUGCCGGCCCGCGCCCCGAUAGCGACGCGGCCGUGCCGUAUCGCAGAGGAAACCACGCAACUACGCCCAGCUGAGCUCACGGUGAGAGACCCCGCCCCCUGCUCGCUUCCUCCGCCCCUGGCGGCACCGGAGCGUCGGCGAGCGCAGACGGGACGAGGAAGCGCUCCGAUGAAGACGCUGAUCCUCAUCGCGACGCUCGUCGCCGCGGCGGCGGUCGCCCCGGACGCCACGACGCCGACGUCCGCCGGAGAACAGGCGGACCCCGAGAUCACGAGCGCCGAAGAGGCGAUCAAGGAGAGGAUCGAAGCCCUGCUCCGGGAACUCGAGGAACUGCACAAAUACCCGCGCGCCACCGCAGGGAACGCGAGCUUAGGCGAGGAAUCGCCCAUUCAGGACUCCAGCAUCACACAUCCGGAUCUGAACGGCACGCGGCUAGACGCGAACACGAUGAACACAUCGGAAACCAUGAACGAAAAUUACUAUUUUCCAAACGGGACAGCUGAAAGCUAUGCCGCAGCAACAGAGAUGUUCGUGGAGCGAAAACCAACAGAUUUACAGACGGAGAACAUGGCAUCUCCAUCGAAACACGAAGGCCAGGUGAGCCCCAAAGACGCGGACGAAACCGUCAUGGACGCAGCGACGGGUGACACGAGCCAAAAUUCCGUCGGUUACAAAAACGCGACCGAGGAAACACCGCUGGUCGCGAACGCCGACGCAGAUGCGAGACCGCGCGUGACGGAGAGAACGUCCGCCGGCGACAGCACGCAAUUUGAGGGGCAUCUCAUGCACACGACGACAAAGAGUACAAAACACGCAAAACUACAAACCGAGGCUCCUGAUUUCGUAAAAGAAAACGCCGCCGUUAAGAACACGAGUGAGCCGCGGAAAGAUGUUAUUACGAACGAUGGGACAAGUCCGCAAAUAAAUUUUUCCGAGACGAUGCCGAUUGUAACUCGGCUGGGCGUUGUCGACGCGGCGGGAGACUCGCCAGCAACCUCGACCAACAAGAAAGCUUUCCAUAAAAAACGAAAUCACCUUAACGAGACCAAACGGGUGGAAAGUAAGAACGAUUUGAAAUCAGAUCCUGCAGUACACACGCCUGGCGUUGAAGAACCCGCGACCCGGAGAACACAAAACUCGGGCGAGCUCGUGGAAGAUCGGCCCACUGAGACGCCCCGGGGAAGCCAAGAGGCGAGAGACGUCGACACCGCGCCACUUCUCGACGCGUGGCCAGAGCUUGUCGGCAACGCGACCGAGGCGCCCGUGUCCGACGGCACCAUGCGGGCCGUCCAAGAACUGUUUCCCUUCCGGAGCGCGCUGGACUCCAUGGCCGUCGUCGUGGAGAAGUCCGAGGGCGCGCUCCAGCGAGCCAGGGCAAUCCUGCGGGGCGUCGCCGACGAGGAGACCAUCUUCGACGGACAACUGCUGCUCGUGACUUACGACGACGAAGUGACGGCGACCCGGUGUGGGCGAGCGGAGCUGCGCGCGCUAGCGGGGAAGCUGCACGCCUCGGACGGCAGCCGCUGGGCGGCGCUGGAGGCGGUGCUGGAGGCGGCGCGGCGGGCCCGCCCCGGGGGCGGCGUCCUGCUGCUGGCGGCCCGGCGGCCCUCGGACCGGCGCCUCGCGCUCCCUGCCGCCGGCGCCCUGCGCGCCAAGCGCCUCAAGCUGCACGUGGUGUGGUGCGGGCAGAGGUCCCUGGGCGACGAGGCACCGCUGAGAGACCUCUCCUGGGCCAGCGGCGGCUCGUUCCUGGCCGAGGACGACCUAGCCGCGCCGACCGCCGGCCGCCCGCCCCAGCUGGUGACGCUGGUCAUGCACAAGGGCCUCUACGGGAGCAGCAAGCUGGCGAUCCCCGUGGACAGCAGCCUGCAGUCCGUCGACGUCACCAUACGCGGGCCCGUCAGCUCGGCCGUCAUGCACGACCCCGCAGGACGGGCCACCGACCUGCAGACGCUCGGCGCCGCGACGCUGUCCGACGGCGACUCGCUGCUGGCGGCGCGGCUCGAUACGCGCGGCGCGGCGCCCGGCGUGUGGACGCUCGCCGUCCUGGGCGCAGGCGUGGCGCGCUACGACGUCACGGCGCGCGCCGCCAGCCCGCUGGGCUUCACCGCCGAGCCCGGAGAAGGUGAGGUGGGCGUGCUGCUGCGCGGCGGGGUCGCGGCGGUGAGCGCGGUGAGCGCCCUGGACCGCAGCGGCGGGGAGGUGGCGCGGCUCGACUACACGCGCGCCGCGCCCUCGCGCCUCGCGGUCGCCGACCACCAGCUGCCCGCCGCCGCCGCCUACCUGCGCCUCAGCGGCUCCGACCGCGACGGCAAAACCUUCCAGCGGGUCUCCUACUUGCCCCAGCAAACCACUACAGGCACGGUGAGCCCCAUAGAGCUGGAUGUGGCCCUGAACUCCACUUUAUAUGCGCUCCCAGGCCAAACCGCCCAGAUCAUUUACACGGUCACCAACAACCAGGAAUUGACAAACUACAUAGACUUCAGUAGUUCGAGUCAGCACUUCAGUACCAGUGUCCAGCCAGAAAGUUUCCAGCUAGCAGCUCAUCAAACUGUGUACAUACUAGUCACAGUGACAGUACCACAGAAUAUCCCACAAAACACUGAAGAUGUCAUAACACUGGCUGCCAUAUAUGGCCCAAACAGUGGAAUAAGCAAGACUGUGUAUUUCACUGUUGGACAAAAGGGGAGUGUGAGUGACAACGAGAAGCCCACCAUCAGUUAUCGAGUUGACAGUGACUGCGGCAGCUUGGACACAUCUGACUGUCAGCUGAAAAUAUGGCGAGCUGAGGUCGUAAUACAGGACAAGCAGUCAGGGCUCCUGCAAGUGGCGUCGCAGCCCAAGGGCCUGCGCCUGAGGUCGACCUUCGUGGCAGGGACAAGGGAGUUGGUUGGUGCGUACUACAGCGCCACGUGCUGCGACCGCUCUGUGGUGGUGACCGCCACCGACGCUCGAGGCAACUUCACGCAGCAAACCAUCACAGCCACCGCAGCAGGUCAACUGAGCAGUGCGGCAACAGCUGGAAUCGUGGUCGGCAUCUUGCUGUUCCUCAUCAUCAUCAUUAUCGCAGCUGUGGUCGUAGCUCGAAGGAGUAGGCAGAAGUCAGUUUCCUUUCCGCAAUCCACCGAAAGUUAGAUUCAUACAAAUUGUACAAUGAAUUCAACUAACUAGUUACAGCAGUACUGUAAUGGAAUACAGCUGAAGAAGAAACAAGACUGCAAGCUAAAAAAAAACACUACCGGUAGUCAAAGAAAUUUGUUCUUAUUUUCAAGGCAACCAUCCUCCUAUCUUAUGAUAAAUGAAAUACAUAAUAAUUAGUUGUAAGUUGAAUAAAGUUUAAAUUGUUGCAUGUUUGAUGUGGUAUGAGAAAGUAUCAAAAUAAUGUAUUAUUAAGUUUUAAACUGAAGGAUACCAGUAAACUUACAAUUUUUUUUUUUGUUGUUUUCUUCCUAUGAUUAGAAAUCAGUCUACUUUGUGUUCUCAGAGGCAAUGAGCAAGAAAUGUCUUGGUUGGCACUGAUACUCUCUUCUUUGCCUCCUUGUGCAAGACAUCUUAUACAACAUUUCGUAUUUAAAUAGCAUAUGCAAUGGAGUAAUGCAAGUACUGUAAAAGCAAAGCAAGAAAAAUAAUGCAUCUAUCCUACAUUCUGAAAUUUUGCAGCCUAUUACCAAAUACUGUCUCAACAUUUAUUUAAAUAAACUUCUGAUCUGAAAUGCACAUGUUGACAAGUCAAGAAGUUAAUUUGUAUUUAUAUGUGAAACGAGAAAUGCCAGAUGUAUGUAUAUGUAGGCAGUAUGUUAAUUUAUUCACCAGCAUAAAACAUUUUUAAAAAAAAUUUUG